CUGAGAAGGGCACAGCGGUGCGGCCGAGGGCAGAGUGAGCCGAGCUGACUCGAGCUAGGCGAGCGGACCAGCGCCGGGCAGCCCGAGCCGCGCUCAGGAGCGCCAGCCGACGCUGCCCACACCCUCCGCGGUCCUGCGGCGUCUGCCACCUUCCCUUCCUUCUUCGCGCCCCUGUCCCUGCUCCGCCACCCGGUCAGCUUACCCGGUUCCCUGCCCCGCGGAGCCCUCGAGGUCACUAGCCAGUGCCUCCGCUCCCUUGGGCCGCGCACCGUCUCCACACCCUCCUUCUUCUCCUCCUUCUGAUCCCCCAGCCAGGAGCCUGGCACCAGGGACCGUUGCCUGACGCGAGGCCCAGCUCUACUUUUCGCCCCGCGUCUCCUCCUCCUGCUCUCCUCCUCCUCUUCCCCUUCACCAACUCUAAUUCCUUUGCUCUUUUGCUCCACUUGGGAGCCACCGACUCCGCGCCUCUCGGCCCGCUCCCGCAGCGCCCUUUCCGGUCCCGUCGCAUCCAGUUCCAAAGGUGGGGGAGCGUGCCCGUCCCUGCCCGCAUCAUGGCACGGCUCGGCUUGCCCGCACUUCUUUGCACCCUGGCGGUGUUUAGCGCCGCGCUGCUGGCUGCUGAGCUCAAGUCGAAAAGUUGCUCGGAAGUGCGACGUCUCUAUGUGUCCAAAGGCUUCAACAAGAAUGAUGCCCCGCUCCACGAGAUAAACGGUGAUCAUUUGAAGAUCUGUCCCCAGGGUUAUACCUGCUGCUCUCAAGAGAUGGAGGAGAAGUACAGCCUGCAAAGUAAAGAUGAUUUCAAAAGUGUGGUCAGCGAACAGUGCAAUCAUUUGCAAGCCGUCUUUGCUUCCCGUUACAAGAAGUUUGAUGAAUUCUUCAAAGAACUACUUGAAAAUGCAGAGAAAUCCCUGAAUGAUAUGUUUGUGAAGACAUAUGGCCGCUUAUACAUGCAAAAUUCAGAAGUAUUUAAAGAGCUCUUCAAGGAGUUGAAGCACUACUAUGUGGUAGGAAAUGUGAACCUGGAAGAAAUGCUUAAUGACUUCUGGGCUCGCCUCCUUGAACGGAUGUUCCGCCUGGUGAACUCCCAGUACCACUUCACAGAUGAGUAUCUGGAAUGUGUGAGCAAGUAUACUGAGCAGCUCAAGCCCUUUGGAGAUGUCCCUCGGAAAUUGAAGCUACAAGUUACUCGUGCAUUUGUGGCAGCCCGUACUUUUGCUCAAGGCUUAGCAGUUGCAAGAGAUGUAGUGGGCAAAGUCUCCGUGGUAAACCCCACAGCCCAGUGUACCCACGCCCUGUUGAAGAUGAUCUACUGCUCCCAUUGCCAGGGUCUCGUGACUGUGAAGCCAUGUUACAACUACUGCUCAAACAUCAUGAGAGGCUGUUUGGCUAACCAAGGGGAUCUUGAUAUCGAGUGGAACAAUUUCAUAGAUGCCAUGCUAAUGGUUGCAGAGAGGCUGGAGGGUCCUUUCAACAUUGAGUCGGUCAUGGAUCCCAUUGAUGUGAAGAUUUCUGAUGCUAUAAUGAACAUGCAGGAGAAUAGUGUGCAGGUGUCUCAGAAGGUUUUCCAGGGAUGUGGACCCCCCAAGCCACUCCCAGCUGGACGAAUUUCUCGUUCCAUCUCUGAAAGUGCCUUCAGUGCUCGCUUCAGACCAUAUCAUCCUGAGGAACGCCCAACCACAGCAGCUGGCACUAGUUUGGACCGAUUGGUUACUGAUGUCAAGGAGAAACUGAAGCAGGCCAAGAAGUUCUGGUCCUCCCUCCCUAGCAAUGUUUGCAAUGAUGAGAGGAUGGCUGCAGGAAACGGAAAUGAGGAUGACUGCUGGAAUGGGAAAGGCAAAAGCAGGUACCUGUUUGCAGUGACAGGAAAUGGAUUAGCCAACCAGGGCAAUAACCCCGAGGUCCAGGUUAACACCAGCAAACAAGACACCCUGAUUCUUCGUCAAAUUAUGGCUCUUCGGGUUAUGACUAGUAAAAUGAAGAAUGCUUACAAUGGGAAUGAUGUGGACUUCUUUGAUAUCAGUGAUGAAAAUAGUGGAGAAGGAAGCGGAAGUGGAUGUGAAUAUCAGCAGUGCCCUUCGGAGUUUGAGUACAAUGCCACUGACCAUGCUGGGAAGAGUGGCAGUGAUAAAGCUGACAGUGCUGGUGCCCGUGCAGGGCCACAGCCCUACCUCCUCAUCAUCUUCUGUGUCUUGUUCCUGUUUAUGCAGAGAGAGUGGAGAUAAUUCUCCAACUCUCAAAAAAAAAGUGUUCCUCAUCAGAAAGUUAAAAGGCACCAAUUAUCACUUUUAUACCAUCCUAGUGACUUUGCUUUAUAAAUGAAUGGACAACAAUGUACAGUUUUUACUAUGUGGCCACUGGUUUAAAAAAAUGCUGAUUUGUUUUGUCAUUCAGUUUUGGGGGCAGAAGGGACUUGUACGUUAAGCUGGUCCCUGUUCCUCCAAAAUCAUGUUAAACGUGGCUAACAGUGUAGGUACAGAACUGUAGUUAGUUGUGCAUUUCUGAUUUAUCGCUCUAUUGUUUGUUUGUUUGUUUGUUUUUUCCUCAUUUUGUUUGUGGGUUUUUUUUCCAAUUACAAUCUCACCUUGUUUCUUACAAGAAAACCAGGGUCAUUUCUUGGCAUGUAACAUGUACGUAUUUCUGAAAUAUUAAAUAGCUGUACAGAAGCAGGUUUUAUUUAUCAUGUUAUCUUAUUAAAAGAAAAAGCCCAA